GUUUAUUUUCGUUUUUCGACGCAUUUUCAUUCAUUACUCACGCUUAUCUAGUUCAUUGGCACACGAAUUUUUUCAUUUUUCGCCAAUUUCAAAACAAUUUUUGUGAAUUUUGUUGAAUUUUCCAGCGAAUUUCGCGCGAAAAAUGUCUCUGGACGAAGAUCAGGAGAUCGUGUCGUCGUCAGAGUCACUUUCUUUGAGUGACUUUCCCAUCGAGGUCAUUACCGAAAUUUUCAAAUUUUUGCAUCGCACUGAACGGCGAGAUGCGGCUCUCGUGUGUAAACAAUGGCAUUUGGCAGCGCGUCACCCCCGAUUCUUCGAUACGUUGCGUCUGCACCAAGAAUUGUAUCCGUGCAAGAUUCGUUUGCCGGAAUUUUAUCACAAAAUGUUGCCUUUCAAGAAGAUUGUCUUCGAGUACGUCUAUUCCGACGAUGUUGUCGAUGGAUUUUCCGACUUUUGGGACUCUGUGGAUCAUUCGGGCAUACAACAUGUCGUCUUCGAGGGAUGCAUCUGCUUGACAAACGAAGUUUUCGAACGACUUAUGGCGCAUUUUUCGACCGUUCACGUCUUGGAGAUCGAACGAAAGCAAUCUUUGAGCGAAAUUCCUUUAAAUAUCCGUUUGGAAUACUUGCGACAACUCCGUUUGGAAAACGUUUUCAUGAAUUUCCGCCAAAUAGAGAACAUGAUGAACGCUUGCCCGCGUCUCACAUUCAUCUCGGUGUCAGACAACAUCAAAGAUCGUUUCACCGAAUAUCCGUACCCCUCGAUGCUGGGCUUCACAAAGACUUUAUUGGAGAAAAUUGACACCGUAGAGCUGCAUAUUCACAAUUAUUACGAUUAUGACAUUGAAUUCAUGCAAAAUGUGGAUCCGCUGUUGCCUCGUCUCAAAAUUGGCUUCUUCCGAAUCCCCCGGGCGAACUUACCAAACGAAAAAAUGUGGAAAGAAAUUUUAAAAUUCAUGAAAAAAGUCAAAAAAGUCGAUUUACUUGACAUUUGUGUACUGGAGGAGUCAAAACAGCUCGAAGACAUCCUCAUGCAACUCGAUUUAAUCCCAAAAUUGGAACUCGAAGUCGAUCUCAGUGUAAAUUUGACGAUGCUGGCAAAGGCAACUCUCAACAAAAACAUGGAAAAAUUCGCCAUUAAGACCAUUGGAGCGUCAUAUUUCACGGAUACCUUUGAAUUUCCCUCUCUGGAGACGAUUUUUUGGAUUGGACCCUUGUAUCCCAUCACACUUGAUGCUUUACUUGUGGCUUCGAGACGUUUGACUUCUUUGGAUGUCUCUGGCUUGAGCGAUAUGAACGACGAGCGACUUCAAGUAAUUUUCGCUACUUGUCUCCGUUUGAAAUCCUUAAAUAUCUCUGAAUGUCCCGGAAUUACCGAAGAAGGUCUCACGGGAUGGGUCACUGUGACGCCCACAGAAGAGAAUGAGGAACGAAAAUCAACUUAUACCGGGCAUUUGUUGAAAAAUCUCGAAGAAUUGGAGACUUUUAAGGCGAAUAAGUGCGGAGAUGCCAUCACAGAUCGCGUACUUGCCGUUUGUUUUCACUUUAAAUACCUUACGGAGGUGCAAAUUUACAGUGCGAAUCGCGUUACGAACAAUGGACUGAGUUUUUUGCUGCAAAAUUGCCCGAAUAUCGAGAAAUUGGGACUGAUUGGCUGUGAAGGGGUGACUCCCGAUUGUAUUUCGUUGAUAAAUAUCCAUUUGAAGUACUUGAAAGCGUUGUUGUUGCCCAAAAAUGAUGGAUUUCUGUUUACCGAACAUUAUUUCAACUCGUUGAAACACGUGAGGGAACUGAAUUAUACGGGACCGAGAGUUUGAUGAAGCCUCUAACACAUUUUUAUACUGUAUUUUGACUUAAAACUAAUAAAAAAUGGGAUUUUAGGUUUUUUUAGAUGUUUAUUUCCCACAUCAGUUGGAUUGCUGUUGAUGUUCGCGUGUGGAAGUUUGUACAAAACAAGCAAAUUUACUUCAAUGGAAUAAAUCUGGAGCUGUGAGUAGCACCAAUACCGGGUCUACCGUGCUUAACAGGCUUGUAUGUCAAUGAGAAUUCACCCAAAUAGUGUCC